AUGGGUUCCUCAGAAGAUGCUGCUGAUCUGAGAGCUUCUGAAAAGGUCACUCUAGGGCAACAAAAGGCUCGCGAAUUUCUAGGUGACAAGGUUACCAAGGUUAUGAAGGAAAGAACGAAACCGGGCUUGUUCAGCGAUACAGUGCAAGAGUAUGUCAUGGGAGUUUGCUACUCAUCUUACGACCGCCCCGGGCUCGAUUUCCGAUCGCGGGCGUUAAUGAACAUUGCCAUGGUCAUUGCGCUAAAUCGAGGCCCUGAGCUGAAGGCGCAUAUAAACGCCGCCUUUGUUCAGGGACUGACUGAAGAGGAAAUUUGUGAGGCUUGCAGGCAUGCUAUGAUCUAUUGCGGUGUUCCCGCUGGAGUCCAUGCCAUGCUACUUGCGGCGGAGGUGGCUGAUCAGCUUCGGGAAGAUGGUGACAUUCAAUAA